AUGGCCUCCUCCUAUCAAGCCAACCCCCAAUCCUACCAAAGCCAUGCGGCGUCACAUCGGCAAGUUCCUUCAUACAACCCGGUAGCUGCAUUAAAUGCGCCCGCGGGUACCUUCCUACCGGGUACCAAAGUCCAGGUCGGUAGCCAUCGAGUCGUUGUCGAGAAGUACCUCUCCGAAGGCGGGUUCGCGCACGUCUACGUCGUGCGACUCUCACAGCCUGUCGAUGGCUCCGACAAAGCUGUUCUGAAGCGUGUAGCAGUUCCCGACAAGUCUGCGCUCGCAAACAUGCGGACCGAGGUUGAGACUAUGAAGAAGCUCAAGGGCCACCGCCACAUCGUCAAGUACAUCGAUUCCCAUGCCUCGCAGCUCAAGGGCGGCGGAUACGAAGUGUUUCUUGUUAUGGAAUACUGCGCGGGUGGAGGAUUGAUAGAUUUCAUGAAUACCCGGUUGCAGAACAGGCUGACGGAGCCGGAGGUCAUCAAGAUCUUCUCCGAUGUCGCCGAAGGUGUCGCUUGCAUGCACUAUCUCAAGCCUCCUUUAUUGCACCGGGAUCUCAAAGUGGAGAACGUUUUGAUAUCUCGCCAGGGAAGUUCUGUUCUUUACAAGCUCUGUGAUUUUGGAUCAGCUGCGCCUCCGCGUCCCGCCGCAACAUCGGCUGCGGAGGGGCGUUUGAUUGAGGACGACGUACAACGACACACAACGUUACAAUAUCGAAGCCCGGAGAUGAUUGACGUAUACCGGAAGCAGCCGAUUGAUGAGAAAAGUGAUAUUUGGGCGCUGGGAGUUCUCCUUUACAAGCUCUGCUACUACACAACGCCCUUUGAGGAAGUGGGGCAAAUGGCCAUUCUCAAUGCUUCCUACAAGUUUCCCGCCUAUCCACCCUUUUCGAGUCGUCUGAAGAUCAUCGAUGCUCAAAGAAAGCCCGCAGAAACGCCCGAAUAUCUAUCAAGUUCUGAGCGAAGUCUGUCAAAUGCAAGGAAGAGAGGUUCCCAUUCAAGAUGUAUGACUAUACUAUAUAUGGGGCGCGAACCAAGGCUGACAUCAAUAGAUUUAUGCCCAUCGAUCUACAUCCGAAGCCCGGCGAUACCAAGAACUUCCCCCGUCCCCUACGGAGACACCACAAGUCGGCGCUGUGUUCUCUCCACCGAUCCAGGAGACUCAGAUCAGUAUUCCUGA